AUGACAACAACACUCCCCUUCUCCGACAUCCACAUUCCCGUCCCGGGAUUCGGAGCCAUGGGAUUGAAUUCUUUGAUGGGGACGAAUCUUAAUCUCGAACAAGCGGAGCCGGUGCUUCAAAAGGCUGUUGAUCUGGGCUGUACGUUUUGGGACACAGCGGUAGCUUAUGAGGCGGGUGUGAACGAGAAGCUGCUUGGGGAGUUUAUUCAGAAGCAUGGGAUCCGGGAAAAGCUAUUUGUUGCCUCGAAGUGUGGGUAUACCGUUUUUAGUAAACAGCCGGUGGUGACGAACUCGCCGGCGCACAUCAGGGAGUACCUCGAGGGUACGAUAGAGAGACUGGGCUUUACGCCUGAUCUCUAUUAUCUGCAUCGGAUUGAUCCCAAUACUCCGCUGGAGGAGUCGAUUACUGCACUCGAUGAACUCCGUCGCGCGGGUAAAACCAAGUAUAUCGGUCUCUCGGAGUGUUCUGCGGCCACGUUGCGGAAAGCAAACUCCAUUGCAAAGAUCGAUGCCGUCCAAGCAGAAUACUCUGCUUUCGAAACCCUCCACGAGAGAAGUGGGCUUAUUGAGACAUCCAAAGAACUAGGUAUUGCAUUUGUGGCUUUUAGUCCUCUCGGCCAUGGCUGGCUGGUGGAUGACUUUGCGUAUAAAUCACCUGAUGAUUUCGCACUCGAUGAUUUCCGCCGAAGUGUACCUAAAUUUCAAGGAGAGAACUUUUAUAAAAACAAAGCAAUCGUGGAUGAAAUCAAGAAGCUUGCCACCAGAAAGAGCUGUACCGUCGCACAGAUUGCGUUAGCUUGGGUCGCCGUCUAG